GGGAACUCCUCUCUCUUUGACACUCACACAUACACCUCACCUCCCGAAAACAUGAGUCCUGGACUUGCGGGUAUAGCGGUGGAGAUGCUGAGCGGGGCUACCUGCAGGGCAAGGCCGAGGCUCGGUAGUUUAUUGCUGGCCCCGGUCACCAAAACAGUGCCGCCGAUGUCCUGCAGCAGCACCGGGAGCCGGAGAUUUCGCUCCACGUCUUCGAUGCAAGGCUUUUCAGAGUUGGCGAGAGAGAGGUCGAAGACUGUCACGUCGUUUUAUAACCAGUCUGCAAUUGAUCUCUCCGCAGAAAAGGCCUCGGUGCGACUGACCUUAGCGACCCUGUUGUAUGCUGGGAAAUCUCCUGACGGACAUCACAUCCUGAGCAGUGCCAACUACCUUCACAAGGAGCUGCCUGUGCGGAUCGCCCAUCGCAUUAAGGGCUUCCGUAGUUUGCCCUUCAUUAUCGGCUGCAACCCCACCAUCCUGCAAGUGCAUGAACUGUAUAUCAGAGCCUAUCACAUGCUCAUUGAUUUCCCCCAGAUCAAGGAUCAGGAUGUGGAGGCUCGUUUCUGUAAGCUGGUGCAGCAGCUGCUCGACGACCAUAAAGACGUCGUCACCAUGUUGGCUCAGGGCUUCAGGGAGUGUCGUAAACACGUGCAGGAUGAAGUGAUCCUCCGUAACUUCCUGGAUACGACACUGUGCUCUCGUCUGGGGAUCCGAAUGCUGGCGACGCACCACCUCGCUCUCCACGAAGACAAUCCUGAUUUUGUCGGGAUCAUCUGCAGACGUCUGUCUCCUAAAAAGAUCAUCGAGAAGUGGGUGGACUUCGCCAGGCGUCUGUGUGAACACCAGUACGGAAACUCUCCCAGAGUGAGGAUCAACGGUCACGUAGCCGCUCGCUUCCCCUUCAUCCCUCUGCCUCUGGAUUACAUUCUGCCUGAGCUCCUCAAGAACGCCAUGAGGGCCACCAUGGAGAGCCACCUGGAUACUCCGUACAACGUGCCCGAUGUGGUCGUCACCAUCGCCAAUAACGACAUUGAUUUUGUCAUCAGGAUUUCAGACCGGGGCGGCGGCAUCCCUCACAACAUAGUAGACAAAGUGAUGGAUUACCAUUACAGCACAGCUGAGGACAGCGCACAGGACCCUCGCAUGAGCAACUUCUUCAACAACAUUACCAACACCGGAAACCAGUCUGGGCCUAUGCACGGGUUCGGCUUCGGCUUGCCCACGUCUCGAGCUUACGCCGAAUACCUGGGCGGCUCUCUGUCCUUGCAGUCCAUGCAGGGCAUCGGCACCGACGUCUACCUGCGUCUGCGCCACAUUGACGGCAAAGGAGAGAGCUUCAGAGUGUAA